UCUCCGCACUCAUCUCAUAAAUAAUGCUGUUCUAGCUGGUCUCGGAACUGCCGCGUCACCUCCAAAUAAUCGUCGCAUAUAAUCUUAGUCGCAACACUACCAGAAAACAUACACAUCUAUCCUCACGAACACGCGCAAGACUAAAUUAUUUUCAGCGAUAUCCAACAACUGAUCAAGGGGUCAAAGCCUGACAAGAAAAAGAAUGUCUCGCUCCGUCCGCCGCCUGAUGAAAGAAGCCGCAGAGCUGUCCUCAUCUCCCUCCCCGCACUUCCACGCCGCACCCGUCUCCGACUCUAAUCUCUACGACUGGCACUUCACACUUGCCGGCCCGCCACCACCAUCUCCCUAUGCCGGUGGAAUCUACCAUGGCCGAAUUGUCCUCCCACCAACCUACCCACUCCGUCCGCCCUCCUUCCGCUUCCUCACCCCCUCCGGCCGCUUCGAAGUCAACCGCGAGAUCUGUCUGAGUAUAUCCGGCCACCACGAAGAAACGUGGCAGCCAGCGUGGGGGAUUAGGACGGCGCUUUUGGCGAUUAGAAGCUUUAUGGAGGGGGAUGCGAAUGGCCAGGUAGGGGGUUUACAAGGCGUCAGUGACGAGGUAAGGAGGCAAUGGGCGGGGACGAGUCGAGGUUGGCGCUGUGAUCUUUGUGCAAAGAGUAACGAGGAGUUGCUUAGGGAGUGGAGGGGAUAUUGUGUGGAAAAGGGGGUCGACGUUGAAAAAGAGGAGGACGCUGAGGGGGUGCCGCAGGGGUUAAGAAUUGGGAUUGGGACCAAGGGGAAGAACGACGGCGAUAACUCGAAAGUUGCGGAUAGUGCUGGUGCGACUAAGCUUGAAAGUGGGACGGAGAAGUUGAAGUCAGAUUCGACCUCGAUGGAAGAGUCUACAAUGGGCACGUGUGAGAAGAGUAUGAGCACAAGCACGAGCACCAGCCCGCCCGUACUAGACAACUCAUGCUCCAGUUCUUCAGCUAUACCUUCGUCUCCCACCACUUUUUCAGCAUCAGUGAUUCGGGAUGCGCCGGCUCAGUCGCCGUCACCGGCAUCACAGGCCGUUACACAACGACCACGGCCAACGCCCACGCGACCAGCUAGUCAGGCUGUACAGGUGGCCUCGCAGGAUAGCCCAUGGCUGGACCGGGCUAUAUUCGGCGUGCUAGUCGCGUUGAUCAUCAUGAUUUUCAGACGCUUUGUCAAUAUUGAGGAGUAGACUCUUUGAAGCUGUUGGCGUUCAAUAGGUAGGAUAACAGGCGUUUGUUUCAUAUGAAUGAUCAAUUAAGAGCGCAAUGCGGUAUAAACAGUUAUAU